CUGCGGCUCCUCUGCGCGUCUCGAUGCGCCUGAGGUCGCUGUUCGGAGCGUCGCCUCCUUCUUCUCUUUCGGUUUUGCUGUGAAAAUGGAGAAACGCAGCGUGGACUCGCGGGUCAGAGGAGUCAGCACAGGGACCACCAUCCUGGCUGCCACUUUUGAUGGAGGGGUUGUGAUUGGUUCAGAUUCCAGGGCUUCCAUUGGAGGGGAAUAUGUGUCAUCUAAGACCAUCAACAAGGUGGUCCAGGUUCAUGACCAGAUCUUCUGCUGCAUGGCCGGCUCACUAGCAGAUGCUCAGGCCGUCACCAAGGCUGCAAAGUUCCACCUGUCCUUCCAUAGUGUCCAGAUGGAGACCCCUCCACUGGUGAUAGCAGCAGCAUCGGUGCUGCAGGAACUGUGCUACAACAACAAAGAGGAGCUGCAGGCGGGCUUCAUCACAGCAGGCUGGGACAGGAAGAAGGGCCCUCAGGUGUACGUGGUGCCUCUUGGUGGGAUGUUGGUCGGUCAGCCGGUGACCAUCGGAGGCUCAGGCAGCACCUACAUCUACGGCUACGUCGACGCCAAAUACAAACCCAACAUGAGCAGAGAGGAAUGCCUGCAGUUUGCCACUAAUGCUCUGGCUCUCGCCAUGGGCAGAGACAACGUCAGCGGAGGCGUGGCUCACCUUGUGGUCAUCACGGAAACUGGGGUGGAGCACGUGGUUGUCCCCGGCAACAAGCUGCCCAAGUUUCACAACGAGUGACAGCGUCCAACAAACAAUGAAUUUUUGACUUUUGUUUUUUAUUUUUAUGUCAGUAACUGUUUGAAAUUCAUGAUCCACAAUCUCAUCAAUAAUGUACCGUAUAGGACUGGGAUGUAACACACUACACACACACACACACACACACACACACACACACACACACACACACACACACACACACACACACACUCCUUAAGAACAAGAUGAUGAACAUGAUUAGUUUACUGCCAAUGGCAAAUUGUAAAUGUGGAAACAGUGAUGAUAAGUUUCAUUGAUCUGGUGAAACUAGUUGUUAUAAAAUCAAUAUCCUAAAAAAUGACAAAAUGCUACUUCCAUCUCUUGUAAUUAACGGCUCCAUCAGCCUUUUACUUCUUCCAGAUCACAUUUUGUGUAGUUGAUUUUACAUGUUUGGGAAUAUUUGAAAUAUAAAUGAAGAUUCUACUUUGUAAAAA